AUGAAUGGAGAAAGUCGACGUACUGGGGACAGGAAGGUGCCACCUCGUCAUUUUGUACAAAGAAACAGGAGAAUAUCAGAUUUGAGAUCAAUUAGGUUCUUCAAUUUACACAAUCAACAAAGUGACGAGCUCGAACAUUUGAAUCCCCACAAGCGAUAUGGAAGAAGGCGAAGUACACUCGCUGCGAUACCGACUAUUUCUGAUGCUUUAGAGAAUGAAUACGAUGACUCUCGAAAGUUGGUAAAAUUUGCCGAAGAGCGAAUAAUGGACACGUUGAUCACAAUUCAUAAAAUAAAGUCUGACACUGUUUUGUAUGUCAGCGACGUAUCGUACGCGGAUGCAGAUCCUCAAUUUACAAUCCAAUUAGCCAAUGUUCCUUUGCAGAUCCACAAGUGUAUUAUCAAACUCUGGUCGAAACGUGAAAGUCAAUGGACUCUCUUUUGUACAUAUAAAGUGGAUUUAAAUAAGCUAAAGAAGGAGAGCAUAUUGGUGGAAGAUGACGCUUUUGACAUGUUUAAGGAGAAUUCUUUUUGUGUGAAGUUGAAGGAUAGCUGGUAUACUUUUCCGGAUAUGCUUGUAUCUUGUGGUCUGGCUCUUGAUCAGCAAUUACACCAGGAACCUUUUGUGAAACCAAUGAAUUCGUACACUUUUGAUCAGCUACGAUCCAUCAACAACAUUACCAAAUCAAAAAGGGAGCUCGAUGUGUCGAAAAGAAAGUUGCAACAACAAAUUAAAAGGUACAUCAAAGACAUUGACUUUUAUAAUGUCAACAACAUUCCGGUGCUUGUGGGACAAUUAAACUACAGAUGCGAUAUAUUGGAAGAAGAUAUCAAGAAAUUGAGAGCGGGGAACGAAGCUUUAAAAAGACAAGUCUUUAAUGCUCAACAAAAGAUUCAGGAUGCAGAGGAAUUGUUAUCACGAGCUGACAAUGUGAAAGAGUUAAUAACAGAUAAGUUUGAAAUUUAUGCACAUGAGAUUGAAUAUUUGAAAAAAAAUAGGGACGACGUUAAAAGGGAAAUUAAGAGAAUUUUGAGAGAUUACGUGUCGCGUGUAUAUGAGGUAUUUCCUAUUCGUGAUGUUUCCUCAACUCAAUUCUCGAUCCUUGGCUUUGAAUUUCCCCAUAAUUUGAAAAUGUUGAAAAAAAUCUGCUACUAUAAUGCAAGUGGUUUAAAGAACUACUACUAUGAGCCGGAGUUUGACACUGAAUCUCAAUGGCAUGAGUCUACAAUUUCUCAAGUCAAUGCUUGCCUAUCGCUUAUUGUUCAACUACUAUCUGUUCUAUCCAAUCUAACAGAGACGCCGCUUUUAUACAAAAUGGCUCUUUUCGGUAAUCAGAGCUACAUCAUCGAUAGUACUAAGGUCUACCCGAUUGCUGGUAAGAAUCCUCCAAACUUGACCCCCCCAUAUAAAUUUCCAUUACAUUUUGAUUCAAAGGACAUUAAUAAUGAAAGAGUAUUAACAAGUCAGGGAUCAAUCAUCAUGAAUCAAGAGUUUGAGUAUGGGCUAAAGUUAUUGAGCCGAAACAUUCUACAAUUAGUAAGUCACGUCAAGGAAGAUAUUUAUGAUGAAUCAAAUUCCCUGUCUGUUCCUAGUGACUGUCAAGAUAAUUUCUUGUGGAAUUUAAAGUACUUGGAACUCUUAAUAACUGCCUAA